UUCCCUUCUGCCAGACCGGGAUUGGGAAAUCCGGGCACGCUUCCAUACGUACAUGGUACAGGUACAGCAAACGGUACAGUAAAGGGUGCGGUUUACUUUGGUGUUUGGUGGGGGUGCCGUUUGUGGGUGAGGGGUUGAUUGUGCUUCGCCUCACCCGCUGGAAAGGGGCAGCUCAGGAGGGGUCAUGGUUCGGCUGCUGAGAGCGCUUCCGAGUCCGAUGGGUCUGCCUCAGCUCACUAUUGUCCUUUCUUGCAACGUAGGUGUCGCAGUCUCGAGUCUCAUUUAUGCCUGUGGCUCGGCGACUCAACGAUUUGGAUGCCAAAUUAUUUCGUUAUUGACAUGAAUCGGGG